UAUUCAGCCAAUACACUCUCAAAUGAUCAACGAUAAUCGAAAUCCAGCAUUCUUCCAACAACCCAACCAAAAUCAAUAUAAUAUCAUACUACCCAAUACUAAUUAACCAGUUAUUGCUCAAAGAUAGGCAUAUCCUAUGCAACCACCAACCUAACCAAUUGUUUAACAGCCAUUGCAAUUCUAACCAUAAUUUCCACUUCCACCCUAAGUCAAUUAUGUACCAUAAACUAUAUAAGCGAAACCCAAUGUGUUACCUACUGUCUACUAAGAGAAACCCACUUAAGUCAUAAAUAUGGACGGUAACAAUCUAAAUUAUUCCAAUAGAAAUCGAAGCUCCUUGGAGAUUAAAGUGUGCAACUUUAGAGAGACAGAUUUUGGAAUUGCAAAUUCAAUUGAGAAAAGGACCAGGCCCUACUGAACCAGAUGCCAUCGAAGUUAUUGAUGACACCAGAUUAAGGGAAUUGGAAUCGAAGAAAGCUUAAUUGCAACAGAUGAUUUAGGAUAGAGACAGAGAGAUUUCUGAAUUGGAGAAUCAAAUUCACUAAUAAUAGGAAUCAAUUGAAAUACAAAUCUAGGAAAGAACAGUCCACUACUCGAAUGAAAUAGAAACCUGGUAGAAGAGAUUCUAGUAAUUAGAAAGAGAUUAUUCAUAAUCAUAAAGAUAAUUAUAAGAUUUACAAGAAGAACAAAAGAGAUUGGAGAAAUAAAAUCAAGAUGUUCGUACAUCCUAACAAAGAGUGGGAUAGAGUAGAAAUUAUUGAAUUAUCAUAUAUAUUCGAUAC